UCAUAAUGCAAAUAAGAUGAGUGAAUUUAUUCCCAUCAUAAACCUUUGGUUGUACUUAAGACUUUUCUCAUUUACAGUAUGCAUUUAUCUCUAAGUAUUUUUAAGCUACAACCAUUUGAAAUAGUAAUAUCCAUGCAUCCUACUACUAGGGUCACAAGGUGUAUGAUGGAGCCUAUCCCAGCUGACUUCAGACAAGAUGUGUGGUACACCCUGGACUGUUUGCCAGCUAAUUACAGUGCACAUGAAAUAGUAAUCGCCCUGAUGGACUCCAGGAAGGCCGGGUACUCUGAAGUGUCGUUUGGGACGUAUGCACAAAACGAGGAGUUUGGUUCCAGAACCUGAACUGUGGGUCGAGGAUGAAGGCUACGCUGCUGCUGCUCCUCGUCGCUCUCAUCACCAUCAAAAUGGUAGCUGGAGGGAAAAACAACAAAGAGAAAAUCAAACCUUCCCAUUCCGGGUCAGACUGCACCGACUGGCGCUAUGGAAACUGUGUCCCUAGCAACGGCGACUGCGGCACCGGAUUUAGGGAGGGGUCAUGUGACCAGCAGACAAAGAGAAUGAAAUGCAAAGUGCCCUGCAACUGGAAAAAAAACUUUGGAGCCGACUGCAAGUAUCGCUUCGGAAGUUGGAGCGAGUGUGACGCAAGCGCUGGUAUCCAGACCAGGAACGGGACGCUGAAGAAGGCGCUCUACAACGCUGAAUGCCAACAGACUAUUUCUGUCUCCAAACCCUGCCUCGGCAAAACCAAGACAAAAAGCAAAGGAAAGAAGAAAAAAGGCAACAGACAGUAGAGACAAGAGAAGACUUGGACCAGGAGAUCUUUUGGAAUUGAACCAACUCAUCUCUGACAUUUGGACAGUAGGACUGACAUUGUUAGAAUUCAACUAGAUGAGAUUCCACAAUAAUUCAUCACAAAUAAAUCUCGGAGACAAUCUCAUGUUGUCAAUUUGAUGAUCUUCAAAAGGGAUUUGCAUCAACCUGCAAUUUACUAAUGUUUAUUCAUGCGUAGCGAUUAGUAAUUAGCAUUAUUGGGUCAACUUUGUAGCAACACAGACAACUGCCAUCAGGUAUUAUGUUAUAAUAUCAAUAGAAGUACAAAAUGUAUAAUACUACUAAUAAUAAUUAUGGUGCGGAUCUUUUUUUUGUAUACAGGAACUGAUACUAAUAAUAAUAAAGAGUUAAUUAAAAAAAGUUGUGUGAAGUUGGUAAUUCAUACAAACAUGGCAAUAAACAUAACAAUAAUAUGUCGUUUAUUAAUAGAAGCAGUUCUCAAAAUGACUUUAUAUCACCAGCAACCACUCGGAAAAAAAAGCAGACAAAAAAAAUAUAUAUUUUUUUAAACAGUGACUGAUGCACGAUCGUGCCUGCUGCAUUGUGGUAGUUAGGAAACAAAUUUAAAGGGAUAUUUGG